CAACGACAAUUCUCCCACACAACCAUGGAUGCUGUUGACUCUCCGGAGUACACUACGAUAAAGAAUUCGCCCAAGAUUCAGUGCGAGAUUCUCGAGAAGUUGCAGUUCCUCAUAGGCGUCGCGGUGGAGGCCAAUGCAGACAUCCCGCUCAGCCUCACCCAGGUCACCAUCACCACCAGCCAGCUCUUGGUGCAAAUCUCACAGUUCGAAACAUGUCCGCAGCUUAUCGAUGCCAGCUUGCUCCAGUACGUAUCCCUCAUUGCUGCCGACUACAUUCAGCUCAAGGCGGCGCAACGGCGGUGCGCCCCCACGGACCUCCACGCACCGUUGAUUACUGCACGCAUCCAGUCUCUCUGCGACCUUGUGUACUGUCUUGUGAAGGUCAGAGGUCUUAAGGCGGUAACCUCUUGCCUCGAAUCGGAUCUCUACAUGGUUGAGGAGCUUAUUUCGUACCUCGGCCCUAACCAGACAGGGGAGUGGAAAGAAAACUACUUCGUUUUGCUUUGGCUCUCGAUCAUGGUGCUCAUGCCGUUUCCCUUGUCGCUGAUCAACUCAGCGCUUCCUGAGAAGCUCUUUGGAUUGCUCAACGGAAUGUUGGGCAAUGCCAGUAACAAGUAUGGCAAGGAGAACGAAGUCGCGUCCUACUGUUUGGCAAAACUCCUCACACGCAGUGACAUGAUUGAGCUGGGAUUUCUCAAGAGGUUUUACGAUGGGUUUGCUAAAAUCACUUGUAAACUGGGUCUGAGUGUCAUCGUAAACCCUACAUUGAAUCCCUUGAGUGUCAAUGACUCUCUCAGAUGUAUGAACUACAUUUUAAAGUUCAUUCGAUUUCACGACAUUGAGCCGCACAUUUACGUGCACCUUGGCAUUGUCAAGGCUAUAUUAGCACAUGCCAGCGAGCCCCAUGCCCGUGUGGAUAUGAUCCGCGUGAUCAAAAACCUUAAGAACCUCGCUUGUAACUACAUUUUUCUCCAGAACCAGUACUUGCUUGAUCCGGACCACACGGACUAUGAUGCGCAGCUUGAGGAGAUUUUGACAAUGUUGACAAACAUGGUGGAUUCCGCGGACUAUGUUAUGAACACAGAUGCGCGCUACUGCUUAGGGAAAGAUAUUGCGAAAGUCAUCCGGCUCUUGCCCUUGGACUACCAGGUUGACAUUAUCAACUUUGUCUUGCAAAAGUUGGACGUUAAGGAGGUGCACAGGGAGUUUCUCAGAGACAUCACCCUGGGUGUGACCCAGGCUAACCGUGACGUCUAUAUCUGCCCCCAGGAGUCCAGCUAUUUGUCUGUGGACACUGAAUUGGUGAACAUCGAAUCGUACCACACGGUUUUCCUUGUCAUGGCCGAGCUCUUGCGAACAUCUGUCCUCCCGGUGACCUACUUCCCCCUUCUCGAGCGCUUGCUCCGGGUGUUUUGCUUCUUCAAGCAGCUGCGGAUCACGUUUACCAUCGGCUCGCAGCUUCGCGACGCGUGCUGCUUCAUUGCCUGGGCCAUGUUUCGAAAUUACUCCGCUCUCAGACGCAAAAACCCGAUGGGGUUAAUCUGUGUCAGUUCUAUUGGCUGCCAGUUAAUGUUGAUGACCUGUUUCGACAGUGACUUGAUGAUCAGGCGAGCGGGAGCCGCAGGAAUCCAGGAAUUGAUCGGGAGAUUUGGUGGAUCUGUUUUUGAGCACCAGGGGAAAGCAAGUGCCAAAGCUCUGACUGAGAUUGGGGCCGCCGAUGCCGCCUUGGCUGUGCGCUUGAUCGAAGAGUUGGACUACAUUAAAUUGGGCAACCUAAGCCGCUCUUUCGACACUGCUAUCAGUUUUGUGGAGAAGCUUCCAUACUUGAAGAAUAGCCUAUUUCUCGAUUUCUUGUUGACGCGAGGCAUCACCAGUUUUGAGUACGAAUUGAGGUACCACAGUGCGCAGUUGCUCGCUAGGUUUUUGGAGACUGAGAACGAGCAGCGAGUAACCGCUGUGUUUCUGCAGGUGUAUGGAUCCUGGGUAACCGAAACACAGGCAGGAAGACCCGCGGAUGGGCUAUUGGGGGCUAUAGCUUGCAUCCUCCUAGUCACGAGUUCUUCCUUUGACUCCUUCCAUCGAAGUAUUACGGCCACAAUCGAGGAGUAUGUCACAUACGAUUUUCACAGAGAUCCUUUCUACAAGGGCGAGGAAUUGCUCCAGCUUCUUACAGCUGUUAUGAAACAAAACCCGGCUUUUACCAUCCUGGAGAAGUUGUGGGAUGCCGUUUUUCAGGUGAUUCGCAUCGACCACGUGAAAAUUGUGUUGGCUUUCCAAGAGUUCUGCAGGCACAUUUCCCUUACAGAACAGGACUGGGAAAGGUUCAUGAAGUACAUGCGAAACGGCAACCUUGCCACCGUGAAGGCCGUAGGGUAUUUGCUGCUUGUCAUGAGCAGUCAUGAGCGUAUUGCACAGCUCGUGGUGCUCCUAAAGGAUCCUUCUAUCCAGGCCGAAUCCAGAGCUGCCUUGAUGCACUCGUUCUCCAUCAUUGUCCAGCGGGCCCCAGCGGAAUUCCUUACGUAUGACCUUUUAUUUGAGUUGGUGCAGCAGUUGGACGAUUACACCAUUACCCAGCAGGGUGAUGUGGGAAACAAAAUUAGACUCGCCACGAUCACCAUGUUGAACAGCAACUGGCGCACCUUUUUUGUGGGGAAUCUCGAGUUUGAAAUCGAAAAAAGGCUAUUGCGGUUGAGUUGCGAGAUCAUUGAUAAGAUCAAGUACAAGGCGUUGGGUUUGAUUAUCCGGAUUAACGGAAUGGACCUGACGUCGGUUUUUGGCUCGGAUAUGAGUGUUGCAGGCGCCAGUGACAACUACUACGAUGUGAUUUUGGACGUUUACCGGAAGUUUUACUUGGAUAAGUCUUACCCCGACACGGAAACGCUUCAAUGGCUAGAUGAAUUGUCGCACAAUUUCUGGAGGGGGUAUGUUUUCAGUGCUGGUGCGCUUUCGGCCUCCAAUUAUACGAUAUCCAAGUCGUUUGUGGCUUUUUUGAAGUUUUUCACCGCCUUGGGUGACGACGCAAAGGUUCACGUGCUUACUGUUCUCCUCUCCCUCUUGAAGCCUGCACCAGCUAAGCCGUCGAAGGGGAAAGUGGGAAUGACCACUGACCGAAACUUGAAGUGUCAGCUCUGUACGCUUAACCUUUUUGUCCACCUCUUGGAUUCUUUUACGCCGCUCCCCGACGGAUUCAAUACCAAGGCGUUGUACAUACGCGCGUAUAAUCUACACUUGAACACUACCAACGUGGAGCGAAUCCAGAGGGUUAUCGGGAUCUUCAACCACAUUCUCUUGCGCCAGGUGCGGAGUCAGGAGACACUAGCGUUUGCAGACCCGUUGAAGCGAAUCUUAUGGUUGAUAAGUAAUCACCCAGUACUGAGGGUGCGUCAAUUAGCAGCAGAAGCAUUGUUUGAAGUUUAUGAUGAGAUGCUGAACAAGGAAUUUGGAAAGGAGGCCGGACUAUCUGAUAGUUUGAGUGCUGCUAUGGACAUUUUGCAGCGGGUUGACUGGACCCAAGAUGUCAAGAAGAUCAAGAUCGAGGCAGAAGGAGUGACUAUCAAGGGACUCAACUAGAAGGGAUUUACAUCGGUAGCAUUGUUAGUGUUAGAAAGGGUGGUUUGAGUUCCAUAAAAAGACCUAAUACAAGGUGUAAUCAUCCUUAAAGUAAAUCCAAUUAGGAUAUUAUUGCA